AUGCCCACAGAUUCAGUCGUGUCACCGCUCACCAUAUACCCACAUGUCAGCCGAUGUCACCCUUCCACCUAUUGUUCAACCCAGUCAGCGUGUCACCCCUCACCUAUGCCACAUCAGCGUGUCACCCUCCACCCUAGUGUCACAGUCAGCGUGUUCAACCUCCACCCUAUGUCACAGUCUCAGCGGGUCACCCUCCACCCAUACCACAGUCAGUCGGUCACCCGCCAUCCUAUGUCACAGUGCAGCGUGUCACCCCACCCAUUGCCACAGGCAGUCGUUCACCCCCACCCUAUGUCACAUCAGUCACCUCCACCCUAUGUCACAGUCCGCGUCAUCCUCCACCCCGAUUCACAGUCAGCCGUGUCACCCUCCACCCUAUGUCACAGUCAGACCCACCCGUGUCACCCUGCCACGCCUAUUGUCACAGUCAGCUGUGCACCCGUCACCCCUAUAGCCACAGUCAGCGUGUUGUCACCCCUCCACCCCUAUGUUCACCAGUCAGCGUGUCACCCCACCCUAUGCCACAGUCAGCGUGUCACCCUCCACCCCUAUUCACAGUCAGCGUCCGUCGAACCCUCCACCCUAUUCACAAGUCAGCGGUCACCCCCACCCUUACCACGAUCCAGACAGGCCGGGAGCGCCCACUGA